UGUUUAACUGUCGAAAGGUAUACUUCUCAAAUUCGUCACUAAUUGACUACUUUCGUAUUGGAAUAUAUUACAAAACUCUUUGUGAAAUGAUAUUGACCAACCUACUUCUAUCUGUUAUCGUUGUUGUCUCAACCGUUUGGGCAUGGAAACAUUGGAUAUUGUUAAAAUUGUCAUGGAAAAUGCGAGGAGUCUUUCCGUAUGUUCCGUUCGUUGGCAUCGCUUGGAGAUUUCUCGUACAAGAAAAUCUGGAAGUUUUGGACUACGUUCUGAAACCGUUCGAAAAUGUUGAGGAACCAAUAGGAAUGUGGCUCGGAACGAAAUUUCUUAUUUAUGUCGAUAAUGUAAAAGAUGUCGAAACACUAUUGACCAGUCCGAAUUGCGUGCGUGACGAAAUGUAUCAAUACAUUAGGGACAUAACCGGCGUUGAUGGAAUGUUCACAUCUGAAAGUGAAAAAUCAAGAAGACAUAGACGAUUGGUCAGUCCUUCGUUCAGUGAGAAAUCGGUAUUGUCGUAUGUGACAAUAUUUGAUCGACUUUCUAGGGAUUUGAUAAGAGAUCUCAAACAGAUGGCGAACAAGGAACCAUUUGACAUACGACGGUACAUAAGCGAUUGCACAUUGAAUGCAUUUGUUGAUGCUAUCUGUGGCCUCGAUGACAUAGUAGCAGAGGAAAGAUUAAUUUUUCAUCGGAAUAUGAAAUUGGGCCAAUCAUUAGUGGGAAAACGAUUAUUUUUGCCUUGGUAUUGGCCAGAAUGGAUAUGGAAAUUAUCUGGACUGUCCGAACUUUCAAAGAAAGUGGCUGAGGAUACUGACAUGAUAGUUGUCAAGGCAAUGAAGAAUAUAUUAGAUAAUGGAACACCAAAAUUUACAUUCAUUCAACGCAUGUUGAGGAUCGCUGAAACCAAUGAUGAAUUUACCAUGGACGAUGUGAAGGCUGAAACCAUUACUACCUUAAUCGCUGGAACUGACACAUCAGCUGCAGCCGUUGCAUACACAAUUCUACUGUUAGCAAUGCAUCCGGAACAUCAGGAACGAGUAUUUGAAGAGAUAAAAACUAUAUUGCCGUCAAAAGACACAUCAGUCCGAUCGGAGCACAUUUCCCAACUCACAUACUUAGAAUUGUGUAUAAAGGAGUCCUUACGGUUAUUUCCUGUAGUGUCGUUGAUGUCGAAAAUGGUAAAAUAUGGCUCCAUAAAUCUGGGUGGUCAUGACGUGCGGCCAGGUGCAAGCAUUGUCAUCGGAGUCAAUCGAAUUCAUCGGAAAUUUAAAUAUUGGGGCCCGGACGCAAAUAAAUUCAAUCCCACACGCUUUCUGCCAGAAAACUUCGCCAAAGUUAAUCGAUUUGCAUAUAUACCGUUCUCAGAGGGAUCACGAAAUUGCGUUGGAUAUAAAUACGCUUAUGCAGCAAUGAAAACCAUAUUGGCGAAUGUACUUAGAAAUUACCGAUUGACGACUCCAUUGAAACUGGAAGAUUUACGGGUUCGAAUGCGAGUGAACAUAUUCCUUUUGAACAAGCAUAUGGUCCAGUUAUUUGAACGGAAUGAAUAGAUAUUGAUUCAAUCAUCAAUCUUGUCAUCAGAAACGAUUUUUUUUUUCAAAAUAACUAAUGAGAUAAGAGUGCAUUUGCAACUUUAAUAAGAAUUAAAACGAAAUUUCAUUCAAUUUAACAAAAAAAAAAUGUGUCAAACCAAAUCAACAAAAAUUAAUGAAAACCGUUCCAAAUCUGUGUCACGUCUUGCAUCAAUUGAGAUCCAAACAAUAAAAUUCAUUGACUAAUCAAA